AUGGCAACAACAAAUUCACCCGCUGUGGACGGCAAGGCCACAGAUGACGAUCAUCUCGAACGUGUGGAAACUAUUGCCACAACCCAACUCGAUGCUUCGGACCUCAGCAUUUGGCAGACAAUCAAAGACAAUCCCUCCAUCGUGUUAUGUUGUAUCUAUGCUAAUAUGGGGGCACUGACGCUCGGAUUCGAUAACAUUGCACUCUCACUUUGUUUGAACAUGGUGCCAUUCCAUUUUUUCAGAGCCCAAUUCGGUCAACAUGUAUCUCCUGGCACACAUAUAAUACCUGCUUAUUGGCAAUCAUUGUGGGAUGCCAUGGCACAAGUAUGUACAGGUUUUGGUGCUUGGGGAGAGGGACCUAUGUCAGAUCGUUCCGGUCGUCGCGUUUCGUUCUGUGUGUCUGCACUCAUCUCGAUUGCCGGGACCGCUGUUAUAUACAUAGCCACAACCCCCGGAGCCUUUCUCGGAGGGAAAAUGGUAAAUGCUAUUGGACUUGGUAUGGCUUUGACUACUGGUCCAAUCUAUGUCUCAGAAAUCACUCCUCUCAGGAUUCGCGGAGUAGCAUUGUCAGCGUAUGCUUUUAGCAUGGACCUACGAUACCUUAUCGCGGCAUCUGUUGCUUUCUAUUGUGUAACAAUCGUGGGUCAGUUCUCAUAUAAAGUUUUCUUCGCCUCAAAUUGGGUUUGGCCUCUAGUCGUCGUUUUGUUCGCUUUCGUCAUUUCUGAAUCGCCCCGUUCCCUUGUCCAAAAAGGCAAUUUAUCACCUGCCACCAAAGCUCUUUCAAAACUUUACAGCUAG